CCUUGCUGCUGCAGCCUGCCAGCACAGAUCAGAGACACCGGUCCGGUUAUAGUCAGUGUGGGGAUUAUGACCAGAAGGAGCCAUACUUAAUACAGUGCUACACACUUUUUACAUCUUUUUAAAGCCGUUUUAUCUUUGUAAGUCGACCUGUACACAGCGUUAUAGCUAGAAGACGCUGGUAAGAUGUCAGUGGUGGGAUUUGAUCUGGGCUUUCAGAGCUGCUAUGUAGCUGUAGCCAGAGCCGGAGGGAUCGAGACCGUCGCUAACGAGUACAGCGACAGAUGCACACCGUCAUUUGUAUCAUUUGGACCACGAAAUCGAUCUAUAGGAGCAGCUGCAAAGAGCCAGGUGGUGACCAACUGUCAGAACACGGUGCAGGGCUUCAAGCGAUUCCAUGGCAGGUCAUUUUCAGACCCCUAUGUCCAGGCAGCCAAGUCUAACUUGGUGUACAGCCUGGCACAGAUGCCCUCUGGAUCCACCGGUAUAAAAGUGAUGUACAUGGAGGAGGAGAGAGUGUUCAGCAUCGAGCAGGUCACCGGCAUGCUGCUGACCAAACUGAAGGAGACUGCUGAAAGCGCACUGAAGAAACCAGUUGCCGACUGUGUCAUCUCGGUCCCGAGCUACUUCACUGACACAGAUAGAAGGUCUGUCAUGGAUGCAGCGCAGAUCGCAGGCCUCAACUGUCUACGACUAAUGAAUGAGACCACUGCAGUGACUCUGGCAUAUGGCAUCUACAAGCAGGACCUGCCAGCUCCAGAAGAGAAGCCCAGGAUAGUGGUGUUUGUGGACGUGGGCCACUCGGGUUACCAGGUGUCAGUUUGUGCGUUCAACAAGGGAAAGCUCAAGAUCCUGGCCACAGCGUUUGAUUCAGAGCUCGGCGGGAAGGGCUUCGACGACAUCCUGGUCAACCACUUCUGUGAGGAGUUUGGGAAAAAGUACAAGCUGGACGUCAAGACCAAGCCGCGGGCGCUGGUCCGACUUGUCCAGGAGUGUGAGAAACUCAAGAAGCUGAUGAGCGCCAACUCCUCCGACCUGCCUCUGAACAUCGAGUGCUUCAUGAAUGACAUCGACGUUUCCGGUAAACUUAACAGAGGUCACUUUGAGGAGAUGUGUGCGGGGCUGCUCGCCAAAGUAGAGGGUCCCCUGCGCAGCGUCAUGGAACAAGCCAAGCUGAAAAAGGAAGACAUCUAUGCAGUGGAGAUCGUGGGCGCCGCCUCCAGAAUCCCCGCCAUCAAAGAGCGUAUCAGCAAGUUCUUCGGCAAAGAGCUGAGCACCACCCUGAACGCGGACGAGGCCGUGGCCAGAGGCUGCGCUCUGCAGUGUGCGAUCUUGUCGCCAGCGUUCAAAGUGAGAGAGUUCUCCAUUACAGAUGUUGUUCCCUACUCCAUCUCUCUAAAAUGGAAUUCAGCCGCAGAGGAGGGACUGAGUGAUUGUGAGGUCUUCCCAAAGAACCAUGCAGCUCCCUUCUCCAAAGUUUUGACCUUCUUCCGGAAAGAGCCCUUCACCCUUGAAGGUUACUACAACAACCCCAAGGAGCUGCCCUACCCCAACGGCGCUAUAGGCCAGUUCCUGAUCCAGAACGUGGUUCCUCAGGCGUCUGGCGAGAGCGCAAAGGUCAAGGUGAAAGUUCGGGUCAACAUUCACGGCAUGUUCAGUGUAUCGAGUGCCUCGCUCGUAGAGGUCGUGAAGACAGUUGAGGGGGAAGAGUCAACAGAGACGGACCAGACAGUGAAAGAAGAGGAGAACAAAAUGCAGGUGGACCCGGAGGAUCAGAAACAACAGACUGCAGACAACGGAGACAACAAAUCAGAGGCCGAGGACAUGGAGACCGAGGACACCAAGCAGGUGAAGAAGAACGACCAGCCCCCUCAGGCGAAGAAGCCCAAAGUCAAAACGAAGACAGUGGAGCUGCCCAUAGAGAACAAUUUGCACUGGCAGCUGCCCGAUGACGUACUAAACAUGUGUGUGGAGAAUGAGGGUAAAAUGAUCAUGCAGGAUAAGCUAGAGAAGGAGAGGAAUGACGCAAAGAACAACGUAGAAGAGUACGUGUACGACAUGAGGGAGAAACUGCACAGCAUCCUGGAGAAGUUUGUGAAUGAUGCUGAUCGUGACGCAUUCUCAUUAAAACUGGAGCACACAGAGAACUGGCUGUAUGAAGACGGAGAGGACCAACAGAAACAAGUUUACAUCGACAAACUGGCUGAAAUGAAGAAAAUGGGGCAGCGAAUUCGUGACAGAUACAUGGAAGCUGAGGAGAGACCAAAAGCGUUUGAGGAGCUUGGCAGACUGAUCCAGAUGUACAUGAAGGUCAUUGACGCCUACAAGGCAAAGGAUGAGCUGUACGAUCACCUGGAUGAGCUGGAGGUGACUCGGGUGGACAAGCAGGUGAAGGACGCCAUGGUCUGGAUGAACAGCAUGAUGAACCAGCAGAAUAAUCAGGACCUCACUCUGGAUCCAGUGGUCAAAGUAGGAGAGAUCCAUGCCAAGAUUAAGGAGCUUUAUACAGCCUGCAACCCUGUGUUGUCCAAACCUAAGCCCAAAGUGGAGCCACCUAAGGAGGAGAAGACAGAAAACGGGCCAGUCAAUGGGCAGGAGGGAACAGAGAGCCAGCCAUGCAACUCAGACAAAGCCACAUCUGCAGGAACGGAACAGGGAACGCCAGAGAACAAGCUCCCUGAAAUGGACAUUGACUAACUGUCGCGGCUGCCACCUGAGUUUCACCUCCGUUUGUCCUGCUACUCGCCCCCGAUUCUGUCGUUCUUCCGCUAUUGAUGACGAUGAAGACAGACAGCAGCAUCCCCCGAUCAAUACUAUUCAUCACUCGGCCACCUCGGCAUGUCAUUUCUCAUUUUCUUUGAUGAAUACAAAAAAUAUUGCAUAAUAUAAAUAUUGAAUGGACUACUUUAUGACAUAACAGUUGUGAGCGUGGGGUGGAAAACUGCUUCUCUCUGUGUUGCUUUGAUGGCCAUUAUAUUAAAAGAUUGUUUUGUUCAGCAUCUCCUGAGCACAUUUAAGCUAAGAAUGUCAGAUUUGAAGAAAUGUAAGCAAAGUGGCUGUGCAGAGGAAAACUAGUAAUGCACACAGGAUUCAUGAAAAUGUAAAAAUAUUGCAGUAUGUCUAAAUACGGUAUAGGUACAGAGGCACAUGUAAACCAACAUGGAUUGGUCCAUGUUGUACAGGACAAAUAGUGCGUCUUUUUCCAUACAAAUAAUUGUCAGUGCUGGAUUAUAAUGUAUUUAGUUUAAAGGUAAGGAAUGAGUUUUUGUUGAGUUUACUUGUACUGUAUGUAUGUUGAAAGUAGAUACUACCAAGUUACUGUCAUGCAGUAUUUCAUUGUUUGGCUUUUCUCAUUCAAAGCAAUGGUCCGUUGGUUCUCUGGUAGCCUUGUACUGUCUUUUUUUCUACUUAACAGUGUGAAUGGUGGUCCAACAAAAUCACCUUCUGGGUGCUGCUGUUGUUCCCACAAACAAAAAUAAAUCUUGACAAAAAAAAAAG